CUGAGGACAUCAUGAGACUCUUAUAGAAGAACCAGUGCCAUGGUGUGAGAGGAACCACUGCUACAGAUGGUGAAGAUGUCAACGCUCACAGUAACGGAGAGUUGGGAGAAGGUGGACCUGAUGUACAUCUCCAUCGAGAGCACUAUCGCUCUGGCGUCGGUGCUUGGGAACGUGCUGGUGGUCCUGGUGGUUUGCAUGAACCAGGCUCUCAGAAACCCGACUUUCUGUUUUAUUGUUUCUCUGGCACUGGCCGAUAUCGCGGUCGGCGUUCUUGUCAUUCCACUGGCGGUGGUCCUCAGUUUGGGUCUCAACACGCCGUUUUACAACUGCCUCUUCAUUUCCUGCCUCCUCCUCAUCAUCACCCAAAGCUCCAUAUUGUCCCUGCUGGCCAUUGCCAUCGACCGCUUCCUACGUGUCAAAAUCCCCACCAGGUAUAACAUCAUUGUUACGCAGAGGCGGGGAUGGGUAGCUGUGGGUUUGUGCUGGCUCAUCUCGUUUCUGACUGGUUUAGUGCCAAUGGCCGGCUGGCACCGCACCCCACCCAUAAAUGUCAGCACGAUGGCCAUCGAAUGCCAGUUCACCAACGUCAUAUGCAUGGAUUAUAUGGUCUACUUCAACUUCUUUGUUUGGGUGGUGGUGCCCCUGACCAUCAUGAUCGGACUGUAUGCCGAGAUCUUCCGUGUGAUCCGCCGCCAGCUCAACCGCCGAGCUGAGGCCACCAGUGACUCCAGCAAGUACUACCGUAAAGAGCUGAAACUUGCGAAAUCAUUAGCGCUAGUUCUGUUUCUGUUUGCGCUCUGCUGGCUGCCACUGCAUAUUAUGAACAGUAUUGUGUUUUUUUGCCCCACAUGCAACGUGCCCAAGAGUGCUUUUUACGUUGGUAUCUUCAUGUCACACGUCAACUCUGCACUCAACCCAGUGGUGUAUGCCUUCCGCAUCCAGCGCUUCCGUGAUACGCUGAUUCAAAUCAUCCAGCGAUUCGUGCUCUGUAAAACCCCAUCAGCCAACCUGAGCCAGCACGGUCUUGGACCCAUCACAGAGAAAACCCAAGUUCAGAAGUAACUAAGACUGAAGACUUUAGAUAUACAAACAAUGCAAUGCAACACGCAAUAUGGCGGAAUAAGUCCUGCCUUCUAAAUAAAA